AACAUGCUAGCAACGAUAUAGCAACGCCGUAAAUCCAAGGCUCCUGUUACUUUAUAAUUGAGUUUAGUUGAAUUUUGUGGUUAACUUUUAACCGCGGUUCAUAUUUUGCGCUCCAUUAAAUAACUGAAUAUAUUAUAAAAAAAGGAAACCCUAUCACUUUCGAUAAUUCUUGGUUACUGAAUUUCUCACAAAAAAUGUCUCAUACGAUAUUGCUUUUUCAACCGGGCAAUCGGCCUGAAACGAGAACGUAUUCGGAUUACGAAAGUGUCAAUGAGUGCAUGGAAGGAGUGUGCAAAAUUUAUGAAGAACAUCUAAAAAGGAGGAAUCCAAAUACACCCACGAUAACGUACGACAUAAGUCAAUUGUUUGACUUUGUGGACGAGUUGACGGAUCUGUCUUGCCUGGUUUAUCAAAAGUCAACUAACACUUAUGCUCCAUACAACAAGGAUUGGAUCAAAGAGAAAAUAUAUGUCCUUCUGCGUCGAGCGGCUGGUCACAGCGAAUAGAGUAUUUGAACAUGAAACAGUUUAAGAAAUUAUUAAGAAUGCAUUAAAACACUAGAAAAUAAGAUUUGAAAAUCUCAUAUCUAGAAUCAACGUUUUAACUAUAUAAGAUUAAACAAAUGAGGUUUAAUCACUUUAAUGUCACUCCAUCGCUAUUGUUUAUAAUUAUGGUUAAUAAUUAAUUAAGAAUAUAUGCAAAUGUCUUCGAA